GUCACUUAAAAAUCAGCUCAAUUUGCUUAAAAAUGUCCAUUAUUAAGUGAAGCUUAAAAUUAAACUCUAGAAAAGUUUACGUGAAGUGCAACAUUUAAAUGCCCAAUUUAUUUUUCUUCUGUUGGCAAUACUCAUUCCGUAAACAUUAAAAUCUGCUCCUCUGCUCUGCUUGUGUGUGUCGAAAUCGUAAACUGUUUAGAUUAUAACAUGUGAUAAUGAUUUAGCUGAGAAUAGUUAUUGUAAGUGAAAAAAAAGAAUGCCUUCAAAUUUAGCAUACGUUAAUGAUGACGGAUUUUCCCACAAUGACAGAACUCAAGACUCUUAUUCACAUAUUCCGUAUGGAGUUGCAAAUCGAACUCCUCAAUCAAAAGGAAUACGACAUCCACAGCAUCGAUACAUUACUGUUGCUAUAUUGUGCUUUAUAAACUUGAUAAAUUAUAUGGACAGAUACACUAUUGCAGGUAUAUUAGAUGAUGUACAGAAAUAUUACUCUUUGGGAAAUACAGAAGGAGGCCUCCUCCAGACAUCAUUCGUCGUCAGUUACAUGAUCAUGGCUCCUGUUUUUGGGUAUUUAGGAGAUAGGUAUAGCAGAAAAUACAUCAUUGCAUUUGGUGUCACAUUUUGGAGUGUGACAACUUUGGCAGGCUCCUUCAUUCCCUCUAAUCUUUUUGGCAUCUUUAUUUUCCUGAGGGCUUUGGUGGGAACAGGUGAAGCAAGUUAUUCUACAAUUGCUCCAACAAUAAUAGCUGACCUGUUUUCCAAGGAUUUACGAUCGAAAAUGUUGGCUAUAUUUUAUUUUGCUAUUCCAGUUGGAAGUGGACUUGGGUACAUUGUUGGAGAUAGAGUAGCUAAAGCUUUUCAAGCUUGGCAGUGGGCAUUACGGAUCACACCAGCAUUAGGCUUGCUUUCUGUUGUUCUUACAUUGUUAUAUGUGCGAGAACCUCCUAGAGGUGAAGCAGAAGGUGGAGGAAGUUUAAAAGCAACACCUCUGAAAAGCGAUUUAAUUGAGCUCUUCAAAAUAAAGUCGUUUGUCUUUUCUACUUUGGGAUUCACAAGUGUAACUUUUGCAACUGGUGCUUUAGCCUGGUUUGGGCCAAAGUACAUGGAGUUGGCUAUCAGCAUGCAAUCUACUGGCAACACUAAAUCAAAUGCUGCUCUGAUUUUCGGAUUGAUUACUUGCAUUGCUGGUAUUGUUGGUGUCAUCAUUGGUUCAGCUUCAUCUCAGUAUUUAAGGAGGUCUAAUGCAAGAGCAGAUCCCCUUAUUUGUGCAUUUGGAGUGUUGGGCAGCGUCCCGCUUAUUUAUGCCGGAGUUGUUCUAGCUGACAGAUCAUUGACAUGUGCAUGGAUUCUUAUUUUCCUUGGGGAAGUGUUCUUAUGUGUAAACUGGACUAUUGUUGCUGAUAUACUUUUGUAUGUGAUAAUACCUACAAGGAGGUCCAUAGCAGAAGCUGUUCAAAUAUUGGUAUCUCAUGCAUUAGGAGAUGCUUCGAGCCCAUAUAUCAUUGGCAUAGUUUCUGACAUAAUCCUUAAAGCUAAGAAUCCAGCCAUUGAUGAUUUCUUGAGUUUGCAGUACUCGAUGUACAUACCAACUGGUGUUCUUGUACUUGGAGCAUUUUUCUUCUUCAUGACUGCCUUAUACAUUGAAAAAGACAAAUCUAAAUGCAGCUUAGUCACACAUGGUGUGUAUCCACCCUUGCACAUUUAUAGUGAGGAUCUCAUUCAGAUUUCGGCGGACGACACGCUUUGGCCGAGUGACACUCGACUACUGGUUUAACCAUGGUGACAUGGAAGAUAUAAAUUUAGUGUAAUGUUUGUUGUGGAAUAUGUAUUUAUUAGUUUAUGUUGGUUAUUUUUCCCAAAUGACACUGCUUUAGAAUUGAAAGAUUGCCUCCCCCCUCCCUAUGUUAUUGUUAUUUUGUUGUGUCAGCUAAUAUUCAAUCAUGACUUUUAUGACUGUUUUUAGUUUCAAGUUUAGCGAUCAUUUUAUGCUCUACUUACAAAUUAAUUAAAGAUAAAAU